UCCUAAAUUGUUGGUCAACUUUCUGGUGAAGAAUAAGAACAUCUCCUUACAGGAUGUAUGGCCCAACUCUACUUUUUCAUUGCCCUGGUCUGUACUGAAUGUGUCCUUCUGGCUCUCAUAGCCUAUGACCGCUGUGUGGCCAUCUGCAAACCGCUGCACUACACAGUCAUCGUGAACCACAGAGUCUGUGUGCACCUGGCCGUGGGCUCUUGGCUGGUUGGCUUUCUGAUGUCUCUGCUAAAGGUCUUCUUCAUUUCCCAGCUCUCCUUCUGCAGCCCUGGUGUCAUCAACCACUUCUACUGUGACAUCAGCCCUUUGCUCAACCUUUCUUGCACUAAGCGGUUAGUUGCAGAGAUGGUGGACUUUGUCUUGGCCUUGCUUAUUUUGUUGAUUCCCCUCUCUGUCAUUGUAAUUUCUUACAUGUGCAUAAUCAGCACCAUUUUGUUCAUUCCCAAGGCCCAGAACAGGAAGAAAGCCUUCUCCACCUGUGUUUCUCACCUGCCUGUCGUUAUCAUCUUCUUCUCAGCCACCCUCUUCAUGUAUGCCCGACCCAGGAGUAUACACUCCUUGGAUCUCAACAAGCUGGUUUCUAUAAUUUAUACUAUAGUCACUCCAGUGCUAAAUCCAUUCAUUUACUGUCUGAGGAACCAGGAAGUAAAAGAUAUUUUGUGGAAAGUCAUGGCUGCUCUCUCCAGAGUUUCAGCAUCUGAUCACUAA